AUGUUUGGCAACUCGGCGUCCACCACCAGCGGGUUUGGAGGGUUUGGUUCCAACAGCGCCUGGAAUAACAACAAUUCCUCACCGUUUGGAACAAACACUGUAAACAACAAUACCUCAUCUCCGUUUGGGUCGAACACAAACACAAACACGGGAGGCUUGUUUGGGGCCGCUGCAAAUACGUCCUCUGGGCUGGGCACAUUUGGGUCCAACACCAAUACCAAUGCCCCAGCCAAUGGCACCUCCUCGAACACCGGCUUGUUUGGAACAGGAUCAUCGUUCAACAGCUCAUCUUCGCCGUUUGGCCAAUCGGCCUUUGGCAACACAGCAUCCACUGGAACCACGUCAACCGGUCUUUUUGGUGCAUCGAACAAUACUGGCUCUGCUUUUGGGUCUACAGCCACGACGUCUCCGUUUGGCCAACAGUCCACUGCACCUCGGUUCGGAUCCACCCUUGGAGCCACUAACACCCAGAACAGAGGCACGUCUGUGGCUCCAUUCAAGCCGCUAACCGAGAAGGAUCCAACAAAUGGAACGCAAUACUAUGAGACAAUCACAGCCAUGCCUGAGUACUCCAAGUUUUCUGUCGAGGAGCUCAGAGUUCAAGAUUACAUAGAUGGCAGACGCUACGGUAACAAUGCUGGGUCUGCUGGAACGGGAAGUUUUGGCACAGGAACUGGUUUCGGCUCCAGUACCGCUGGUGGAUUUGGAACCGCAUCCAACACCGGCGGCCUCUUUGGCCAAUCCAACAAUACUACCUCAGGCGGUCUAUUUGGACAGUCCAACAAUAAUACUGGCGGAAACCUCUUUGGUGCCAAUAAACCUGCCACAGGCGGCCUUUUCGGGUCAUCCAAUAACAACACCUCUGCCUUUGGCUCGAACAACAAUUCUGCAUUUGGCUCGUCCGCUGCUCCAUUCGGGCAGACGAACAACUCGCCAUUCGGCCAGCAGCAGCAGUCGGCUACAUUUGGAGCGUCCUCGAGUUCUCCCUUUGGACAACAAAACAACAAUGCUGGCACCCUUUUUGGUGCCAACAAUAAUCAGACCAGCUCUCCAUUUGGUCAACAGAGCACAACACCUGCUUUUGGCUCGAAUAACCAGACCGGCACUGGCGUGUUUGGCAACAACAACAACCAAACAAGUGCUUUUGGCAGCACGGGAACUAACACUGGUAACCUGUUUGGUGCAAACACCACGGCUAACAAACCCACUUUUGGCGGAUUUGGCUCGUCUGGGAACACAUCUGGAGGCUUUGGCUCGACAGGUAAUACCUCGGGUAAUCUAUUUGGCAACAACAAUAAUAACCAGCAAUCCGGUGGACUGUUUGGCAACAAUAACAGCCAGUCUGGAGGCCUCUUUGGCCAGCCUAACAAGCCUGCCGGUACUGGCUUUGGUUUUGGUUCGACUAAUAACGCACAGAACGGAUCACUGUUUGGAAACAACGCUUCGGCCAACAACAAUACAUCGGCACCACUGUUCGGCAAUAAUACUAAUCAGGGUGGAUCACUUUUUGGUAACAAACCAGCAGCCACUUCUGCCGGAGGUCUCUUUGGAAACAACAACACAGCCAACACUGGAACUGGGGGUGGCUUUGGAUUUGGCGCAAACAAUAACAACAAUGCAUCGUCGGGGGCUCUGUUUGGCAAUAAGCCUGCUUCCAGUGGAACUGGAUUUGGUUCGACAAACGCCGCAUCUGGUUCCUUAUUUGGUAAUAAGCCAGCAGCCACCACUACGACUCCUAGUUUCGGCACAACGAAUAAUAAUACCAACAGUUUGUUUGGAAACAAGCCGGCAGGAACAACUUCGGGUGGUCUUUUUGGCAACAACAAUCAAUCCUCCACGUCUGGAGGACUUUUUGGAAAUAAGCCAGCGACGACUGGGGGACUCUUCGGAAACAAUAACCAAUCAUCCACGUCGGCAACCUCAGGAGGACUAUUCGGCAAUAAACCUGCCGGAACGACUUCUGGCGGCCUCUUUGGCAAUAACAACCAGCAAUCGAGCUCCUUUGCAUUUGGGCAAGGCCAACAACAGCAGCAACAGCAGCAACAGCAACAGCCUCUGGCCAAUCUGGACCCAUAUGGAACAAAUCCUUUAUUUUCCUCUAUGGGAGCCAAUACAAAUCCUAUUGUCCAACAACCUCCUGUUCCUCAGGCUAUUCCGGUGAAACAGGUGGCCAAGAAAAAGCCAAUGCUCACUUCGGCCUACAAAUUGAACCCAAAACCGUUGUUUUCACCUAACGAUCUCCUGGUAACGAAACCAGGCAGUAUUGUGGCAGUUUCUUCUCCAUCCACCGCGGGCUCGAAUAGCUCCAGCAAAUCUGCCACUCAGACUUUAAUCGAAGACUCCAAAGACUCUGUCAACGGCUCCAAAUCCGAAAAAUUCCUCUCGCCUACAACGGAUGACGCCAUUUUGUCCAGCUACAUUUUUGCCCCGUCCAGAAAUGUCACUAAGCUCAUCAUUGACAAAACGAAGCAAGAAGACGAGUUUGAAGGUCUCAAAGCAACCAAUCUAGUCACUCCGCGUCGCCAGAUCACGAUGAAGGCCUCGAUGAGCAGCCUCACCCCAAAACCAUACGUGUCUCCUAGCAAGACCGUGCUCGAGAAUGGAAACAGCCACGAGCCUCCAGCAGAGAUCUCGAGCACUCCUAAAUCGGUGUCCGAAUCGACUUCGACCAAUGAGGAAUGGCCGGAGGGCUACUGGAUCUCUCCUUCAUUGGAAGAGCUGCAAAAAAUGUCCGCUACACAGCUCAAAUCUGUGCCAGAUUUCAAGGUGGGCCGCACCGGCUACGGAAAAAUCGAGUUCCUCAAACCUGUGGAUCUCACUUCAAUUCUCCUGCAAAAAAUCCCAGAAAUUAUUGUGUUUGACAAGCAGUCCUGUAUUAUCUACCCAGAUCUCAAUACCAGACCGCCAGUUGGUGAAGGUUUCAACAUCCCAGCAACAGUGUCUCUCGAAGGAUGCUUCCCACUGUCCAAGGACACCAAAAAGCCAAUCACGGACCCACAUCAUGCUGUUGUGAAGAAACAUAUCAGACGGUUGCAAAUGAUUCCGAACACGGAGUUCGUGGGUUACGAUUCCAUCUCCGGUACCUGGCAGUUCAAGCUUGAACAUGUCUAA